GGCAUAAAGUCUAAAAGAGAUCUAACUUUAACCCGACUGUACAGAUACGAAACCAAAGAUUAAGUUAAGUGUAGUGUACAAAUGUUCGAGACACGAAGAUGCAGCGACCUCUGAGCAACGUCAGCGUGCAUUCCUACCAGGACUACCAGCCCAGCAGGAAAUAUGGGCCACAGUAUGAGCCGGGCGGCUACGCGGCCGCCGUCCAGCAGCGCAGCAACAUGACUCAGCGGGAGGACGCGCUCAAGUUCGAGCAGGGCCGCAUCAAGGCCUUACAAGAAGAACGGUUGCAUAUACAGAAGAAGACGUUCACAAAAUGGAUCAACUCAUUUUUACAGAAGGCCCGCAUGGAGGUCGAAGAUCUGUUCACGGACCUAGCGGACGGCAGGCGACUCCUCAAGCUGCUGGAGAUCAUCAGCGGGGAGCGCCUCCCCCGCCCCAACUCGGGCCGCAUGAGGGUGCACAAGAUCGAGAACGUUAACAAGAGUCUCAGCUUCCUGCACACUAAGGUGCGGCUCGAGUCGAUCGGCGCCGAAGACAUCGUGGACGGCAACCCGCGCCUCAUCCUCGGCCUGGUGUGGACCAUCAUCCUGCGCUUCCAGAUCCAGGAGAUCGAGAUCGAUGUCGACGAAGAAAAUGAAUCCUCGGAAAAGAAGUCAGCCAAGGACGCCCUGCUGCUGUGGUGUCAGCGCAAGACGAGCGGCUACCAUGGAGUCCACAUCCACAACUUCUCGGACUCCUGGCGCUCUGGGCUCGGGUUCAACGCCCUCAUACACGCGCACAGGCCGGACCUGUUCCGCUGGGCGGACCUUCCAGUUCAGGACCACGUGGAGACCCUCAACCACGCCUUCGAGGUCGCGCACAAGAACCUCGGCAUCCCCAAGCUGCUUGACGCUGAGGACGUGGACAUCAACCGGCCCGACGAGAAGUCGGUGAUGACGUACGUGGCCAGCUACUACCACACGUUCGCGCGCAUGAAGAACGAACAGAAGAGCGGGCGCAGGAUCGCCAACAUCAUCGGCCAACUGAUGGACUGCGACGGACGCAAGGCGGAGUACAGCCGCCUCGUCACCGCGCUGCUCGAGUGGAUCCGGCUCAAGAUCGAAGAGUUGAACGGUCGGGAACUGCCCAACUCAUUGGAUGGCAUCCAGAGGUUGCUGCUGGCGUUUAAGCAGUACAGGACUGUGGAGAAACCUCCCAAAUACAAGGAGCGGUCCGAGAUCGAAGCCCUAUACUUUGACAUCAACACGAUGAACAAGAGUCUAGUUGGAGAAGCGUGGGCGCCGCUGGAGGGGCAGCUGCCCCAAGACCUGGAGCGCGCGUGGCAGCGCCUCGAGCAGGCGGAGCACGCGCGCGAGCUGGCGCUGCGCACGGAGCUGCUGCGGCAGCAGCGCCUCGAGCAGCUCAACUACAAGUUCAACACCAAGUCGGUGCUCCGCAAAGGUUACCUCAAGGAGAUGAUCCAGGUGCUCUCGGACCCGCGCUACGGCUCCAACCUGGCGCAGGUGGACGCCACCGUCAAGAAGCACGAGGCCAUCUCCGCCGACAUCCUCGCCAGAACGGAACGCUUCGAGGACCUGUCGGCCAUGGCGGCCGAGCUGGUGCGCGAGAAGUACCACGGCGCGGACGGCGUGGCGCGCACGGAGCAGGCCGUGCUGGCGCGCUGGCAGGAGCUGCUGGCGCUGCUGGCGCGCCACCGCGCCUCGCUGGCCGCCUUGGCGCGCCUCAUGGCUCUGCUGCGCGAGUGCGACACGGUUCGCGGCACGCUGUCGGACAUGCAGGCCGUAUUCCAAUCCGAAGAAGUAGGGCGCCAUCUAGUAGACGUGGAGCGUCUAUUGCAAGCGCACGCGCUGCAAGAGUUGCAGCUCGGAGCCCUGCACGAGAGCUUGCGGCGGCUGGCGCGCCAGGGCGAGGGCGAGGGGCACAAGGAGCUGGCGGCGCGCCUGCAGGGGCUGCAGGACGGCUACGACAGUUUGUUAGCGGCCGCUAAGGACCGCAAGGCGAGAUUGGAAGAUGCCAGAAACCUCUACCAGUUCCUGGAAGACCACGACGAAGAAGAAGGCUGGGUGACGGACAAGCAGCGCAUCUGCCGCGCCGACGUGGCCGCCAAGGACCUGCGCGCGGUGCUCGCGCUGCGCCAGAAGCACACGGCGCUGCUCACGGAGCUGCGGGCCCGGGACCACGUGUCGCAGAGACAUCGCGCUAAGGGACAGAGCCUGAUCGACGCAAAGCACCCGAAGAGCGCCGAGAUCGAACGCCGCCUGGCGUCCCUCGCCCAGCAGUGGGCGACGUUACGAGAACUCGCCGAUGCCAGGGAGAAGCAACUUGAAGACGCCGCUGAAGCACACCAGUUCUACGGUGACGCGAACGAGGCGGAGUCGUGGAUGAAGGAGAAGAGGCCGCUGGUGGCGAGCAGCGACUGCGGGCGCGACGCGCCGGCCGCCGCCGCGCUGCUGGCGCGCCACCGCGCGCUGCACGACGAGAUCCGCGCCUACAGCGCCGAGCUGGACGCGCUCGCCGCGCACGCGCACCGCCUCGAGGCCGCCGGGAUACUCACGUUACAACUCCCGACAGAAGUGGAAGCGGCGCCAGCGCUGGAGGAAGAGGAAUGGGUGAACGAGUCGCGCCUCGUGCCGACGGAAGUGUGGGAGGAGGAGGAGGUGGAGCGCCUGGAGCACCGCACCGUCACCGAGGAGCGCUCCGUGCCGCAGGUGAAGGCGCUGUACGCGUUCACGGGGCAGGGCAUAUCCAUGGCGAAGGGCGAGGUGAUGUUCCUGAUCAACAAGACGAACCCGGACUGGUGGUCGGUGCGCAAGGCGGACCGCUCCGACGGCUUCGUGCCCGCCAACUACGUGCGAGAGAUCGAGCCCAGAGUUGUGCCGGUGCAAGUGCGGCGGCCGGAGAAGGUGCGCACGGUGCAGCGCGUGAAGAAGACGGUGCUGGUGAAGCAGGUGGUGCCGGUGCGGCGCGCGCGCCCCGCCGCCGCCGCCGCCCCCGCCCUCGCCGCCGCCGCCCGCCGCGCGCGCGCGCCCGCGCCGCCCGCGCAGCCGCCGCCCGCCGUCGGGGCCAGGAUCGCCGAUAUCAAGCGGGACUAUGAUGAGCUGCUAACACUCUCAGCGGCGCGCCGCGCUCAACUCGAAGACGCGAUCAAGUUGUACAGCUUCUUCGCGGAGUGCGACGACUUCGACAAGUGGAUCAAAGAUAAAGAGAAGAUGCUGCGAGCUGAUGAUGGCGAGGAGAGCGUGGACACUGCCAAGAGGAAGUACGAGAAAUUCGUGACAGACCUCUCAGCGGCCUCCAAGCGCCUGGAGCAGAUCGAGGCUGCCGCCGAGGAGCUGGUGGCCACGGCGCACGGGCAGGCCGGCAAGGCCACCGCCAGGAGACAGCAGCUGAGGCAGCAGUGGGACAGACUGCUCAGGCUUAAACAGCAGAAGGAGAAGAGCCUGGAGGGCGCAUCAAGCGUGGAGCUGUUCAGUCGCACGUGCGACGAGGCGCUGGACUGGAUGGGCGAGAAGGAGCAGCAGCUGGCCGCGGGCGGCGCGCCGGCCGCCGACCUGCGCACCGUGCGGGCGCUGCAGCGGCGCCACGCGCAGCUCGAGCGGGAGCUGGAGCCGCUCCGAGAGAAGGUGCACACCGUGAGCCUGCUCGCCGACGACGUGAAGUCCCAGUACCCGACGGAGCGCGCCAACGUGGAAGCGAGACAGCGCGAGAUCCGCGCCGUGUGGGAGCGGUGCCGCGCCGCCGCCGCCGAGCGCCGCGCGCGCCUGGAGAGCGCCGUGGGCCACCAGAUCUUCGGCCGCAGCGCCGCCAUGCUGGACGACUGGAUCCAGAAAGUGCACGAGCAGCUGGCCCAAGAGGCGCCGGCCAAGGACGUGGCGACGGCCGAGCUGCUGCUCAAGGAGCACCGCGAGCUGGAGGACGACAUCAAGGCGCACGACGACGAGUUCAAGGAAGUGAUCGGGCUGGGUCGUCAGCUGCUCGGCAACAACCCGUCGCUGGCCGACGUGGCCGACAAGAUCAAGCAUCUGGAGGCCGAGCAGAAAGCUGUCAAGAAAGGUUGGGAAGACAAGGACGCCCGUCUGCGCGAAGUGGUGGAACUGCAGGCCUUCAAUCGCGAGGCCGACCAGAUCGACGCGUCGAGCGGCGCGCACGAGGCCUUCCUGGAGUACAGCCAGAGCGGGGCGUCAGUAGACGAAGCAGCAGGCCUGCUGAAGCGGCACGAGGAGCUGGAGGCGCGCCUGUCGGCGCAGGCCGAGCGCGUGCAGGCGCUGCGCCAGCGCGCCGACAGGCUCGUGCAGCGCCCGCACCACGCCGCGCACCACAUCUCGGCGCGCAUGGCGGCGGUGGCGGAGCGGCGCGAGGCCGUACGCGCCGCGGCCGCCGCCAGGAGGAGGGCGCUGCUCGCCAACCUGGCGCACCAACAAUUCCUGGCAUCCACGGAAGAGCUCCAGGCCUGGAUACAGGACAAGACCCGGACGGCUAAAGACCAGAGCUACAGGGACCUGGCGAACUUGGAGCGUAAACUGCAAAAGCAUGAGGCGUUCGAGGCCGAACUGCAGGCCAACGAGAAACAACUGCGAAACGUCGAUAGCAUCGGCCAGUCUCUGCAGAAGUCGGACCCCGCGCGCGCCGCGGAGGUGGCGCAGCGGCUGGAGGCCGUCCACACCGCCUGGGAGGCGCUCGUGGCCGCCUCCAGGGACAAGGGCGGCAAGCUGAGGCAGGCCGCCUUACAGAGCCAGCACAGGAGAUCUGUGGAGGACGCUAAAGCGCGAUUGGUGGACCUCGAGCGCGCGCUGCGCAGCGAGGAGACCGGGUCUGAUCUGCGCAGCUGCAAGCGUCUUCUUACGCAGCAUCAGACGUUGGAGCAAGAGCUAACAACUUGGGAGCAGAAAGCCACCGUCCUAGCCAGCCAGGGGGCGGACUUAGUGUCGCUCGGGCACUUCGACGCGCCGGCCAUCGAGCGCGAGUCCGCGGCGCUGCGCGACGCCGUGCGCGCGCUGCAGCCGCACGCGCAGACCAGGAGGGACAAGCUCACGCAGAGCUUACAACUGCACAAGUUCGCCCUGGAGCUGGACGGCGAGCUGGACUGGCUGGCGGAGCGCGCCGCCGCCGCCGCCUCCGAGGCGCUCCCGGCCGACCUGCACGCCGCGCAGGCCGCGCAGAAAAAACACGCCAAACUGCGCGACGAACUCAAGGGACGGAAACAGAACAUUGAAAGGGUGCUGGCGCAUGGGAAGGAGCAUCAUGGUGAUGAUGAGAAGAUCGCGUCCCUGUGCAGGAAGCUGGAGGACGCGUACUCUGCGGUGUGCGCGGCGGCCGACGCGCGCGCCGCCCGCCUGGACUCGGCGCUGCGCGCGCAGCAGUUCCUGCACGACGCGCUCGAGGUCGACUCCUGGCUUGCUGACAAGGCCGCCGCCCUGUCCUCUGCGGACGUCGGCAGAGACCGUCACCGCGCCACUCAGCUACUCACGAGACACAAGGCCGUGGAGCUGGAGCUGGACACGUACGCGGCCAUCAUCGCGGAGAUGGGGCACUCGGCGGCCAGCAUGGCGGCGGGCGGGCCGCCGGGCGCGGCGCUGCUGGCGCGGCACGGCGCGCUGCACGACUCCCUGCAGCGCCUGCAGCGCCUGGCCGCGCAGCGCCAGCGCGAGCUCGUCGAGAGCGUGUGCAGACACGAGUACCUGGCGGAGAGCGCGGAGCUGGAGAGCUGGAUCCAGGAGCAGUUCGCGGCGGCCGCCAGCGAGGACUACGGCCAGGACUACGAGCAUCUACUAAUCCUGCGCUCGAAGUUCGAAGAGCUCCGGCACCGCGUGGAGUCCGGCGCGGAGCGGUUCAGCCAGUGCGAGGAGCUGGCCAAGAAGCUGCUGGCGUCCGAGAGCCCCCACAUCGCCGACAUCGAGCAGCGCCAGGAGGCGCUCGGCGAGUCCUGGCAGCGCCUUGUGGAGCAGAUCCGCUCGCGCGGCACGCGGCUGCACGCCGCCGGCGAGAUCCACCGCUUCCACCGCGACGUGGCCGAGCUGCUGGCGCGCGCCGCCGACAAGCGCGCCCAGCUGGCCCCGCCGGAGCCGCCCAGGGACCUGCCCGCCGCGGCGGCGCUGCUGCGGGCUCACGACGCCGCCGAGAACGAUCUGCUGGCCAUCGACGCACAGGUUCAGGUGCUUCAAGAGGAGGGCCUGCGGCUGCAGCGGCUGUGCCCGGGCGGCAACGUGCAGCAGAUCGCGCUGCAGCAGCAGGCGCUGUCGGACGCGUGGAGCAUGCUGCGCGCCGCUGCGGACGCGCGCCGCGCCACGCUGCAGCAGUACCUCUCCUUACAACAGUUCAGGCAACAGGUCCGCGACCUGGCGUCGUGGUCGGGCGCGCUGCGCGCCGGCCUCGCGCAGGCCCCCCGGGUCCGCGACGCCGUCAGCGCGCAGGCCGCGCGCGCCGAGCACGCCGCCGUGCGCGCCGAGCUGGACGCGAGAGACGACAGCUUCCGAGACGCGCUGCACGCGGGCCAGCAGCUGGUGCUGGCGCAGCAUCCCAGCUCGCAGGAGAUUGAGGAGCAGUGCGCGGCGCUGGUGGAGGAGCGCGCCAAGCUGCACGGCGCGUGGGCGGCGCGCCAGGUGGCGCUGGACCAGCUCAUCGACCUGCACUGCUUCCUGCGCGACGCCAAGCAGCUGCACGCGCACAGCGCGGCGCAAGAGGCGGCCUUGAGCACGGAGAUAUCUCCAACGUGCAGCGUGGAAGAAGUCGACAACAUUCUGAAGAAACACGAGGCCUUCGAGAAGCUGCUCGCUACGCAGGACGAGAAGCUGACGACCCUGAACAGCCACGGAGACAAGCUGCUUCAGCAGAACCACGUCGAGAGUCAGAAGAUUGCCGACGAACUGCGCGCCAUCAACGAAAGACGGCAAAAGCUGUACUCGGCGGCGGCGGCGCGGCGCGCGCUGCUGCUGCGCACGCGCGCGCGGGCGCAGUUCGCGCGCGACGCCGCCGAGACGCGCGGCUGGCUCGCCGACAAGCUCGCCAAGCUGCACAACGACCACCAGCAAGGCGAAGUAACCGAUCUGGAAGACAAGAUAAAGAAGUUGCAGAAGCACCAGGCCUUCACGGCCGAACUAGCCGCCAACCGCGCGCGCCUGCAGGAGAUCCAGGCGCUGGCUGAGCAGCUGCGCCCUGACGAGGAGGUGGAGAAACAGAUGGCUCAGCUGAAGGAAGAUUGGGGAAAGCUCGAGAAGGCUACCGAGGAGAGAGGGCGCGGGCUGGAGGAGGCGCAGGACAUCCUGGAGUUCAACCAGCACCUGGACAAGAUCGAGGCCUGGAUCCGCGACAAGGAGAUGAUGGUGCAAGCGCACGAGCUGGGCCGCGACUACGAGCACUGCUCGGCGCUGGUGCGCAAGCUGGACGACCUGGACUCCGACAUGAAGGUGGACGAGCAGCGCGUCCGGACCACCUGCGCGCUCGCCGACCGCCUGCUGCGCCAGGGCCCGACGCAGCAGGCGGCGGCGGUGGCGGCGCGGCGCGACGCGCUGCUGGGCAAGUGGCGCGCGCUCAGCGGCCACCUGCAGGCCUACCGCGACGCGCUCGCCGCCGCGCUCGAGGCGCACGCCUUCAACAGGGACGUGGAAGACACCGCGGAGCGCAUAGCGAAGAAAGCAGCCCUCUUCAGCAGCAACGAGCGCGGGCGCGACCUGGACGCCGCGCAGGAGUUGAAGAGGAGGCAUCUGGCCAGGGCGGCGGAGGCCGGUGCCGUCGGAGACAAGAUCAAGCAGCUGUGCGCAGAGGGAGCCACGCUGCAGAGGAAACAUCCAGACCGCGCCGAGGAGAUCGAGGCGCGCCUGGCGUCCCUGCGCGAGGACUGGCAGCGCCUGCAGCAGCUCGCCGCGCGCCGCACCGCGCUGCUGGACGACGCCAUCGCCGAGCACAAGUUCGAUGACAGCCUUAAGGAGCUGGAGGUGUGGGUGUCGGAGCGCGUGAAGCGCAUGCAGCGCGGCGCCGCGCCCGACUCCGCGCCCGCCGCCCGGGCCAUGCUCGACGCGCACCACGAGAGGAAGACGGAGAUAGACAACCGCCAGAAGAGCAUAGCGGCGCUGCAGCGCGAAGAACAGAGCCCGGAGAAGCUGAAGAAGCUCACGGAGCUGGCGCAGACCCUCGACCAGGCCUGGCUGCAGCGAGAACAGCAUCUCACACAGGCGCACCAGCUGCAGCUGCUGAAGGAGCAAGCGAGACAGACAGAAGACUGGCUUGCAGCUAAGGAGGCUUUCCUGAACAAUGAUGAUCUCGGCGAGAACCUAGACGCCGUGGAAACCCUGAUCAGGAAGCACGCAGAGUUCGCCAAGCUGCUGGAGUCGGGAGUGGCGCGAGUGGAGGAGCUGGAGACCUUCGCUCGCUCGCUGCUGGAGGGAGGACACUACGACCAGGCCUACAUCGAGCGACGACUCGCCGCCAUCUUGGCGAGGAGAGACAAACUCAAGGAGUCGUGCCGCGCGCGCGGCGUGAUGCUUCAGCAGUCCAAGCAACUGCUGGAGUUCCUGCGAGACCUGGAGCACGAGCAGGAGUGGAUCGCGCUCAAGAUGCAGACCGCCACCGACCACAACUACAGAGAACUGUCGAACCUGCAGAGCAAGAUUCAGAAGCACGCGGCCUUCGAGUCGGAGCUGGCGUCCAACAAGAAGCGUAUAGACGACGUCGCCAACCGCGGCGAGGAGCUCAUAGAGGCGAAACACUAUGCAUCGCAGGAGAUCUCCACGCACGUGGAGGAGCUGGAGAACCAGUGGAGAGAACUUCAGUCUGCGGUGAAGCUCCGGCGCGAGCGGCUGCAGGAGGCGUACCAAGCCCGCGUGUACCUGCGCGGGCUGGACGACUUCACGGCGUGGCUCGACGACGUCGAGUCGCAGCUGCUCAGCGAGGACCACGGCAAGGACCUCGCGUCAGUGACAGCGUUGCUGAAGCGCCACACGCGGCUGGAGCAGCAGGUGGGCGGCAAGAGCGACGCGGCGACGCAGCUGGCCGACAACGCGCGCCAGCUCGCCGACAGCCGCCACUUCAUGGCGCACGAGAUACUCGCCAAGGCCGACGAGGCAGUCAAGCGGUACCGGCAACUGCAGGAGCCCAUGCAGAUAAGACGAGAUAAUCUGGAAGAUGCUGCGUUACUGCACCGCUGGGACCGCGACGCCGACGAGGAGAUGAGAUGGAUGGUGGAACGCGAGCCUCUAGCGGCUCUGCAGGACACGGGCUCUUCUCUCCAGGAGACGCAGGCGCUGCUCAAGAAACAUCUGGCUCUGGAGGCCGAGCUGAUGGCGCGAGAGCCCACGGUGCAGGGCGUGUGCGGGCGUGCUACAGCCCUCGCCCGGCGCGGGCACUUCGCGGGCGCGGCGCUGGAGGCGCGCGCGCGGGACCUGGCCGCCGCGCUGAGUGCCCUGCAGGCCGCCGCCAGGGCCCGCGGGGCGAGGCUGCAGGCCAGGAGGGACCUGCUGCAGGUGUGUAUAGAGAGCCCACUGCUACAGCACUUCGCGGGCGCGGCGCUGGAGGCGCGCGCGCGGGACCUGGCCGCCGCGCUGAGUGCCCUGCAGGCCGCCGCCAGGGCCCGCGGGGCGAGGCUGCAGGCCAGGAGGGACCUGCUGCAGGUGUGUAUAGAGAGCCCACUGCUACAGCACUUCGCGGGCGCGGCGCUGGAGGCGCGCGCGCGGGACCUGGCCGCCGCGCUGAGUGCCCUGCAGGCCGCCGCCAGGGCCCGCGGGGCGAGGCUGCAGGCCAGGAGGGACCUGCUGCAGGUGUGUAUAGAGAGCCCACUGCUACAGCACUUCGCGGGCGCGGCGCUGGAGGCGCGCGCGCGGGACCUGGCCGCCGCGCUGAGUGCCCUGCAGGCCGCCGCCAGGGCCCGCGGGGCGAGGCUGCAGGCCAGGAGGGACCUGCUGCAGGUGUGUAUAGAGAGCCCACUGCUACAGCACUUCGCGGGCGCGGCGCUGGAGGCGCGCGCGCGGGACCUGGCCGCCGCGCUGAGUGCCCUGCAGGCCGCCGCCAGGGCCCGCGGGGCGAGGCUGCAGGCCAGGAGGGACCUGCUGCAGGUGUGUAUAGAGAGCCCACUGCUACAGCACUUCGCGGGCGCGGCGCUGGAGGCGCGCGCGCGGGACCUGGCCGCCGCGCUGAGUGCCCUGCAGGCCGCCGCCAGGGCCCGCGGGGCGAGGCUGCAGGCCAGGAGGGACCUGCUGCAGGUGUGUAUAGAGAGCCCACUGCUACAGCACUUCGCGGGCGCGGCGCUGGAGGCGCGCGCGCGGGACCUGGCCGCCGCGCUGAGUGCCCUGCAGGCCGCCGCCAGGGCCCGCGGGGCGAGGCUGCAGGCCAGGAGGGACCUGCUGCAGGUGUGUAUAGAGAGCCCACUGCUACAGCACUUCGCGGGCGCGGCGCUGGAGGCGCGCGCGCGGGACCUGGCCGCCGCGCUGAGUGCCCUGCAGGCCGCCGCCAGGGCCCGCGGGGCGAGGCUGCAGGCCAGGAGGGACCUGCUGCAGGUGUGUAUAGAGAGCCCACUGCUACAGCACUUCGCGGGCGCGGCGCUGGAGGCGCGCGCGCGGGACCUGGCCGCCGCGCUGAGUGCCCUGCAGGCCGCCGCCAGGGCCCGCGGGGCGAGGCUGCAGGCCAGGAGGGACCUGCUGCAGGUGUGUAUAGAGAGCCCACUGCUACAGCACUUCGCGGGCGCGGCGCUGGAGGCGCGCGCGCGGGACCUGGCCGCCGCGCUGAGUGCCCUGCAGGCCGCCGCCAGGGCCCGCGGGGCGAGGCUGCAGGCCAGGAGGGACCUGCUGCAGGUGUGUAUAGAGAGCCCACUGCUACAGCACUUCGCGGGCGCGGCGCUGGAGGCGCGCGCGCGGGACCUGGCCGCCGCGCUGAGUGCCCUGCAGGCCGCCGCCAGGGCCCGCGGGGCGAGGCUGCAGGCCAGGAGGGACCUGCUGCAGGUGUGUAUAGAGAGCCCACUGCUACAGCACUUCGCGGGCGCGGCGCUGGAGGCGCGCGCGCGGGACCUGGCCGCCGCGCUGAGUGCCCUGCAGGCCGCCGCCAGGGCCCGCGGGGCGAGGCUGCAGGCCAGGAGGGACCUGCUGCAGGUGUGUAUAGAGAGCCCACUGCUACAGCACUUCGCGGGCGCGGCGCUGGAGGCGCGCGCGCGGGACCUGGCCGCCGCGCUGAGUGCCCUGCAGGCCGCCGCCAGGGCCCGCGGGGCGAGGCUGCAGGCCAGGAGGGACCUGCUGCAGGUGUGUAUAGAGAGCCCACUGCUACAGCACUUCGCGGGCGCGGCGCUGGAGGCGCGCGCGCGGGACCUGGCCGCCGCGCUGAGUGCCCUGCAGGCCGCCGCCAGGGCCCGCGGGGCGAGGCUGCAGGCCAGGAGGGACCUGCUGCAGGUGUGUAUAGAGAGCCCACUGCUACAGCACUUCGCGGGCGCGGCGCUGGAGGCGCGCGCGCGGGACCUGGCCGCCGCGCUGAGUGCCCUGCAGGCCGCCGCCAGGGCCCGCGGGGCGAGGCUGCAGGCCAGGAGGGACCUGCUGCAGGUGUGUAUAGAGAGCCCACUGCUACAGCACUUCGCGGGCGCGGCGCUGGAGGCGCGCGCGCGGGACCUGGCCGCCGCGCUGAGUGCCCUGCAGGCCGCCGCCAGGGCCCGCGGGGCGAGGCUGCAGGCCAGGAGGGACCUGCUGCAGGUGUGUAUAGAGAGCCCACUGCUACAGCACUUCGCGGGCGCGGCGCUGGAGGCGCGCGCGCGGGACCUGGCCGCCGCGCUGAGUGCCCUGCAGGCCGCCGCCAGGGCCCGCGGGGCGAGGCUGCAGGCCAGGAGGGACCUGCUGCAGGUGUGUAUAGAGAGCCCACUGCUACAGCACUUCGCGGGCGCGGCGCUGGAGGCGCGCGCGCGGGACCUGGCCGCCGCGCUGAGUGCCCUGCAGGCCGCCGCCAGGGCCCGCGGGGCGAGGCUGCAGGCCAGGAGGGACCUGCUGCAGGUGUGUAUAGAGAGCCCACUGCUACAGCACUUCGCGGGCGCGGCGCUGGAGGCGCGCGCGCGGGACCUGGCCGCCGCGCUGAGUGCCCUGCAGGCCGCCGCCAGGGCCCGCGGGGCGAGGCUGCAGGCCAGGAGGGACCUGCUGCAGGUGUGUAUAGAGAGCCCACUGCUACAGCACUUCGCGGGCGCGGCGCUGGAGGCGCGCGCGCGGGACCUGGCCGCCGCGCUGAGUGCCCUGCAGGCCGCCGCCAGGGCCCGCGGGGCGAGGCUGCAGGCCAGGAGGGACCUGCUGCAGGUGUGUAUAGAGAGCCCACUGCUACAGCACUUCGCGGGCGCGGCGCUGGAGGCGCGCGCGCGGGACCUGGCCGCCGCGCUGAGUGCCCUGCAGGCCGCCGCCAGGGCCCGCGGGGCGAGGCUGCAGGCCAGGAGGGACCUGCUGCAGCUGGGCAGCGAGCUGGCGGAGGCGGGCGGGGCGCUGGCGGCGCGGCGCGCGGCGCUGCAGGCGGCGGAGGGCGGGCGCGACGAGGACUCGGCGCUGGCGCUGCGCACGCGGCUGCAGGCGCAGCAGCGCGAGCUCAGCGCGCUGCAGCCCACUGUCGACGCCUUGCUCACCAGGGCCGAAGCCGCGGCGGAACGCAACCCGGAAGACGCGGCAGAAGUAACUAAACAGGCGGAGUCCCUUAAAGAGCUGUACGAGGAGAUGAAACUGCUGUCGGCUAAACGGCAGCAGAGGCUGGAGCAGAGCCUCAAGUACUUCAAAUUCGUGCAAGAAUGCGCAGAGACGCAGGAGUGGAUCAGCGAGCAGAUGGGCGCCGCCGCCAGCGAGGACUACGGGCUCGAUGUGGAGCAUGUGGACACUCUGCAGCAGGCCUUCGACAACUUCCUGGCGCAGCUGCACGCAAAUGAGGGCCGCAUCGAGGCCGUGUGCGAGGCCGGCGCAGCCCUGCUGGAAGAGAACACGCCGGAGGCCGACCGGGUCCGGACACGCGUGGACGAUGUGAAGGGGCUGUGGGAGGACCUCAGAGAACUCGCGCUGGCCAGGCAGGAGGCGCUGGCGGGCGCGCGGCAGGUGCACGAGUUCGACCGCGCGGCCGACGAGACGGUGGCCUGGAUCCUGGAGAAGGAGCCCGCGCUGCGCGCCGACACCGGCCGCAGCCUGCAGGCCCUGCGCGCGCAGAGGCGGCGCCUCACCGCGCUGCAGGACGACCUCCAGGCCAUCCAGGCCCAGCAUGACAAGCUCACACAGGAGGCUGACAGAUUGGGUGCAGCUUUUCCCGAUGCCCGCGAGCACGUCACAUCCAAACUAGAGGAUGUCUCCGAAGCCCUGGAGGCUCUAACCUCGCGCGCGGCCAGUUGCCAACAGCAGCUGGAGCUGUCUGGACAGCUGCAGGCCUACUUCCAGCAGUACCAGGACCUGCUAGCGUGGACCAACGAGAUGAUCGCAGCAGUGACCGCCCCGGAGCUGGCGCACGACGUGCCCGGCGCCGAGCGGCUCCUGGCGCGACACAAGGAGCUGGGAGACGAGGUGCAGGCCAAGGACGACGCCUUCAACGCCCUCUAUGCCGAUGGCGAGAAGUUAGUCCGCGAAGGCCACUUCAUGUCCGCCGACGUCGCCGAGCGCAUGGCGGCGCUGCGAGCUCGCCGCGCCCAGCUCGACGCGGCCUGGGCGGCCAGAGACACUAUAUACCAUCAGCAUUUGGAUGCCCUGGUGUUCAGGAGAGACGCUGACGCACUGGACAACUGGAUCACUAACAAGGUUCCGCUGGUCCGCGACGGCAAGGUGGGCGAGAGCGUGGCGCAGGUGGAGGAGCUGCUGGCGCGCCACGCCGAGCUCGAGCAGGCCAUACACUCGCAGCAGGACCGCGCUCAGGCCCUCACUAGGAUCACGCUGGUGGAGCAAGCCUUCAAACAACAGCAGGAGUCGGAGCAGGCCGCGCGCGCCUCGUCCGCCGCCGCGCACGCCGCCGAGCGCGCGCAGCGCCAGCGGCAGAGGGAGGUCGAGCGCAUCGCCGAGCUGAGGAGGAGAGACACUGCUCCCAUACUGGAGACACAGGUGAGCACGGGCUCGGCGGCGUCGUCGUCGGAGACGCUGGCGCCCGCGCCGCAGUUCGAGCGCCUGCCGCGCGCCGAGCCCGUCAAGCGCGCCGAGAGCAUGAGCGUGAUGAAGACGCCGAAGCGCACGCCGUCGUUCACGACGCGGCGCCGCACGCAGAGCUUCCGCCGCCACCGCCGCGGCGACGUCGAGCUGCCGCCCGUCGAGAUCGAAGGAUACCUGGAACGCAAGCAGGAGUCGGGCGUGGGCGGCAAGCGCGCCACCGUGCGCUCGUGGCGCUCCUACUACUGCGUGCUGUGCGGCCAGCUGCUGUGCUUCUUCAGGGACGAGCUGGACUUCAGCGCCGCCAAGGCCGCCGCGCCUCCACAAGCCAUCCUCAACGCGCGCUGCUCGCCGGCGGGCGACUACACGAAGCGCGCGCACGUGUUCCGGCUGGCGUGCGCGGACGGCGCCGAGUACCUGUUCGGCUGCGCGGGCGCCGCGCUCAUGCGCGACUGGGUGGCCAAGCUGUCCUUCCACGCCGCGCUGCCGCCCGCCCUGCAGCUCACGCCCUACGCGCCGCCCGACUCGCCCACCGCCGAGCUCAAGCGCCGGCUGCAGAGAAGUGCGUCAUCGUCAUCAAACGAGUCGCCCGAGCCGGAGCGGCGCUCGCGCACGCAGGCCGAGAUCCUGCAGGAACACCGCGACAGCCAGACCAAGCAGGCCGACCAGGACCGCAGGAGUGUCGACACACAGGAGAGGGAUAUAGAAUGUUCGGUGUUGCCGUCGUUGCCGCCGCGCAAGCCGCCGGGCGCCAGCCAGGAGGACGUCUCCGACGUCGUCAUGAGGAACUCUGAGUCGUCGUCGUCGUGGGGCCGCUCGCGGUUCUCCAACGGCCGCGACCUCAACUCCGAGUUCAUCAAGUCUCAGCGCGAUGUUUGCGACGGCGCGCCGCCGCUACCGCUAUCCGGCCCGCCCGAGCGUCCGCCUGCGCUGCCGGAGCGCCAGCAGGGCGCCGCCGAGCGCCAACAGGGCGCCUCCGAGCGCCACGCGGGCGCCACCGAGCGCCAAACGAGCGCCACCGAGCGUCAAACGGGCGCCACCGAGCGCCAAACGGGCGCCGGCGAGCGCCAGCCGGUGUCCGCGCUGGUCAACAGCUACCAGCAGCGCGCGCGCGACCAGAACCGCAACCAGUGGGGCUACGAGAGGAGCAACAACAACUGGGGCGUGGAGACGUCGCACUUCUACUCGGCGAGCGAGCUGGCGUACGGCGGCGGCGGCGGCGCCCCGCAGCGGCCCGCGUCCGCGGCCGGCGGCUCCCCCGCGCUCGACCAGCGCCCGGCCUCCAGAUCGUCAGGCGAGUCCGAGCUGUCCGUCAGCGGGGUCUCCAAGGAGAAGAAGGACAAGAAGGGAGUCUUCGGCGGCCUCUUCAGCCGCAAGAAGCGCAGCAGUUACAUGUAGUCGGGACAUACACCGUGUCGCAGGGCGGCCCGGUAACAAGAAUACCACUUACAUUAUCCCUCUGAACGUCACUGUAGUGCGCGGCGCGUCAUCGUGAGCCUUGUCGCAAUGCACGAAGGUUCAUAUUGGGCUGUCGCCGCACGCGACUAUUCUACUUCAAAAGCAAUUUGAAGACAAUAAAAAAACGUAAUUUUGUAACAAACAUGGAAAAAUAUCUUUUAUUAAACAUUUAGCAUUUUUUUUUAUCGAGAUUUAGAAUGCUUGCGUCAUAACCACCUGUGUCGUUACUUUUUAUAAUAAAGUUUUGUUGACAAUGAAACGUUAAAUCGUGUAUAUAGAUUAUUGUUAUUACUUAACGUCAAAAUCGUGCCUUUUACAUUAUUAUUAUUCAGAUACCAUAUUUGGUAUCAUUUUCUUAUACAAAAAAAAAUCAGUAACAAAUAUAUGUUUUUUUUUAAUCUAUCAUCAGGGACCAAUUAGAAAAAAACAUUCCCAUGUUUUAUUCGCCUGUCACAAAAGGGACCAAUUUUUAAGUCGGUUUUAAAAAUGUAUUUCCAAGCAAUAAUCGACAAUAAUUUUAGUUAUAUAAGAUAUUAUUUCGUAUUUAAAACACGUAAUAUGUAUGCAUAAUGUGUAGUGUUGCCAUACGAGCGGACAUGGCCGCCCGACGCGGUCCGAUACCAAACGAAAUCCGGUCUUUUGAUCGUCUUAUUUCGAUUUACAACAAAUAUAAUAAAAGCAAGCAUACGAGUGGUGGCGGCUCGCGUGGCAACACUUAGUAUUUAAGUUUUUAAUUGUAAUCAUACAACCGUUAGAAUUUGAACACGAACAACUGAGCGAAGAUAAAACAGAUGACUACUGAAACACCGACAUUUAAUAAUAUUUCUUAAAAGUGUCAAAUUAUUGACAAACUGCUUUAAACAUGAUACAUUAUUAAACUUCGCGCAUUAUUAAACUAAGCGCUGGUGGCCUAGCGGUAAGAGCGUGCGACUUACAAUCCGGAGGUCGCGGGUUCAAACCCCGGUUCGUACCAAUGAAUUUUUCGGAACUUAUGUACGAAAUAUCAUUUGAUAUUUACCAGCCGCUUUUCGGUGAAGGAAAACAUCGUGAGGAAACCGGACUAAUCCCAACAAGGCCUAGUUUACCCUCUGGGUUGGAAGGGCAGAUGGCAGUCGCUUUCGUAAAAAUUAGUGCCUACGCCAAAUCUUGGGAUUAGUUGUCAAGCGGACCCCAGGCUCCCAUGAGCCGUGGCAAAAUGCCGGGACAACGCGAGGAAGAAGAGACAUUAUUAAACUUCGCUCGGGUGUUUCGAUUAGAUAUCAUCAAUGCAUUUUCAUACAACAAGUUCAAUGCUCGCGUAACAUACUUUGUCAUCCAUACAACACGCACAGGCACUCCAUCAGAUAUAUCACAACGGACAAGUAGUUUUUAAAUAUCUACGACCCUAUUGUCAAGGCUGUAGAGUUCAUGUUCGGAUAUUUUAAAGCACUAGUGCAGAUAUUAGUGGCGGCGUGUCUCAAGAACGUUAUAAUGCCCUACGCUCCUGUUUCCCUUUACAUCCUAUUAUAGAAAUAUUCGUUGAUUUUUACAAUUUUAUUGCUUUGUUAUUGAAACAAUGUAACGUUACGCGGCAUUGAAGUGAUGUCGCGCAGUAAGUUGCAAAAUAAUCAGCUUAUAAUCUCAGAGAAGUAUGUUAGAACUAAAACCCCAAUAAGGUGGAUGAGUAGUUUUUUUAUCUACUAUUGACAGUCCUCGUCCUGUCUGUACUCUGUAUCUUUAGGUAUUUAAAUACAUGCAAACAAUUUGUACAUUUUCGGGUACUUAUAACAUUUAUUGGUUAACCAACCAAAUACAAAACCGCCUGGCUCUGUCACUGAACGACCUGACUUUAACCUACAUUAUUUGAUCAUGUAAUGUUUACAUCUACCCUCAACUGGCUUAAGGAGCCAUUUGAGGGUAGAUUUAGUUUAAAUACCUAAAGAUAUAGAAUAUUUCUUAAUUUUUCGAGCUAUAUUGUGUUUACGCUUGCUGUGAUCCGAAAAUGCAACCGUUACUUUAUGAAAAUGCAUUCUAGCGAAUACUGGACGUUGGUAUUAAAACUCUGAUGUAUUUUUCUUAUGUUAUUACAUUUAAGCUUCUAGUUGUUAAUGUGAAAUAUAUUUUUAUGUAUUAA